CAAAGGAGCAGCUGCCAAAUGUUAAGCAUAGGAUAUGUGCUAGGCAUGUGCUGGCAAAUUGGUCCAAAGAAUACAGAGGUCUUGAGAGAAGAAACUAUUUUUGGAGGUGUGUAAGGUCCACAUUUGAGGCUAAGUCGAAUGAUAACCUUGACUACAUGAAAACAUUGGAGAGGCUUGUCUUGGUCAGUUGAUGUACUACAAUCCAGAAAGAUGGAGUAAGCUUUACUUCAAAUAUACAACACAAGUUAACAGUGUAGAUAAUAACAUGGCUGAGUGUUUUAACUCUUGGAUAUUGGCUGCAAGACACAAAAGUAUAAUUACAAUGCUUGAGGAGAUAAGGGUGAAAAUGAUGAAGAGAGUAGGACAAAUGAGGGAGUUUUGUAAUAGUUUGAUCUGUGAUGUUUCUCCAAUGGCAAUGAAGUUACUAGGAGACAACAUAAAGAAGUCCAUGAAGUAUAGUAUUGAGUGGAAUUCUGAUACAGGGUAUGAGGUGUUUCAUGGACAGUAUAGGCAUAUUGUGGAUCUGCCCAAGCAAACUUGUACAUGUAGAGCAUGGAUGUUGAAGGGCAUACCAUGCCCUCAUGCAAUAUCAGCUCUUCACCGUAGGAAGCUUAACCAGUGGACUACAUUUCUCAUUGGUAUAAAAGAGAAACAUACAUGAAGACAUACAACCACUUCAUUCAGCCAGUUCUGAAUAUGAAGAUAUGGCCAGAAUCAACAAAUCCUUUUGUUAAACCACCUGAAGUAAGGAAGUUGCCUGGCAGACCCAAGAAAGUAAGGAGGAAAGAAGUUGCAGAAAACAAGAAAACAGGAAAAUUAUCCAAGAGGGGAUUGAGAUGACAUGCAGCAAAUGUCAUACCAAGGGUCACAGCAAAAGGAGAUGUUUUAGAGAGCCUAAUACUACUGGCCCAAAUUCAAGUAAUGCAGCUGCUGGCCCAAAUUCAAGUAAUGCAGCUGCUGGCCCAAAUUCAAGUAAUGCUGCUGCUACUGUCCCACAUCCUACAACUGUUGCUGCUGUCCCAAAUUCAAGUAAUGUAGCUGCUCCAACUAGCAGAGGAAGGGGUAGACCAAAAGGUUCAAAAAAGAAUGUUGGUAUUAGCAGGCCAAGUAUGGUUGGAAUGGGGGCGCUGCACACACAAAGUGGGCAAACAAUCAUUAGUCCUGGGCUGCCAAGUCAAAGGUUUAGAACUGUUAAGUCUUCAGCAGUAGUAACUGGUGUUCUUGGACAUAAGGCAACAUGUGGUGUGAAUUGGAAGGGAAAAGAUGCUAUGACCUCAAGGCAGCUUGGACAAAUGAGGGGGGAAAUGGCCAAAGCUACAUAAUCUAGCUAAGGAAGUUCCACCACUCCACUAUGACUGCAUUCUGUUGGUGUUACUAUUUCAACUUUGACUGCAUUGUAAAAAGGCAAUUAACUUUGAAGGUUUUUAGUUAGGAUUUAGGCUUGUCCUUAGCAGCUGAGACUGCACUUAAGACUGUUUUUGGGCAGCUGUGACUGCAUUUAACUAGCCUUAGUGUUUUGUACUGAAUUGGCCUAGGUAGGGCAGAUGUGACUGCAUUUAACUUUUUUAGUGUUUUGUACUAAAUUGGCGUAGGUAGGGCAGUUGUGACUGCAUUUAACUUUUUUACU